CAUGUCUGCAACCCUGCGCACACGCAACUCUUAAUAUAAAGAGACGGCAGCAAGUACAGGCGCAUUUCCCUAGCGUCUCUUGCGCAGGUGUUUUCCUUGAGUGUAGUGACAAUAUGGCGACUUUUUUUUUUUUUAUCGUUUCGCUGUACGCGGCUAGCGCGGCACCGCAGUCAUCGUCGAGACUCUAUCCACAAGCCUCGCAGUACCAGCAAAUAAAUCCACUGGACUAUUAUUUAGACAAUCCCGAAGUGAGAAAUUUUUACGAACAAGAACAAAAGCAAGUUAACACGAACUCCCAUAAUGGUGCACCAGCACGCCUGGAGACGCUAGAACCUGAUAGUGAAGUUGAGCUCAUACCUGGAGCUCAACAACCCCAGCAGCCACCACAGCAGACGCCAGUUGCACCUAAUUUACCAGGUUUGAUUCCCGGACAAAGAGUAUUUAUUGUUCACAUGCCGGUUCCCGGAUAUAGACCUGGUACUGUUGGUGGUUACCAGCCCGUGUAUGUUGUAGCAGCAGCGCCUCAAGCAAACACAGGAUAUCCUGGUUACCAGAACCCAGUCCUUCUCGAUCCAUCUGGCCGAGGUUCUCCAAUACAUGGCUAUCAACCAGGCGUCCCGGGUGUACAAGCAAAUCCAAAUUUGGCAGUUCCUUUUGGCAACCAACCCUUUAACUUUGGAUAUCAAGCACCAAUCAUAGCUUACCAGCCAGUAACAAACCAUCAAACAGGUGAAGUGCCUGGGGCUCUACGACUCUCACAACUCGUCUCUUUGCAAGGACAAGUUCAACAAACCAAUGAAGGCCGCCAGAACAAUAAAAAUUCAUCGAAGGCUGAGCCCAAAAGUGCCAGUCAGGUGACAAUGGAAUCCCAAGAACAUCUUCAAAAUACAAAGCCAUCAUCAGCCCAAAUUAAAAACAAGGCAUAGAUUGUUAUCACUUCAUUUUAUCCAAAGAUUAUUAAUUUUAUUUUAUUCAUCUUUCAUCAAAACAACUCUUCUAUUAUCAAAAAAUGUUUUGAUUAUAAUAUAAAUGUGCAAAUUACAAAAAAACAUAAAAAUUAAAAAUAAUUUAUUUAAUUUAUAUACUAUUAAGAAAAAAAUCCGAGUAAAUAGCAUUUUGAAUUGUCUGACGAUAAAAGAGCAACUGCAACAUACAUAUUUAUACCUACAAAAAUUACUACUGUAUAAACAUGGUACUGGAAGCUCGUGUCCCACGUUGAUCACAAUUUUGUUUUUAUGUACAAAAAACGAAAAUUUUAAUUAUUUUAUUUAUUAUUAAAACAAAUCUGUAUAAAUGAUUACUAUUUGUAACUAUCUUAAAUAAACUUUAUGUUCUUCUAAACUAAAUUCGUCACAAUAUGAGAAAUAAGUUUUUCGUACCUGAUUGUAUUUUUAAUAAAUUUGUAAAUUUACAUUUU